AUGCACGAAUUCUUCGACAACUUCCAUUAUAUCAAUGGCCAAUACAAAUGCAACGGUCAAAAGAGCUCCGCGAUGAUGUCCGGCCAAAUCAUCGUCGCCGGUGGGAGCCCACUUAGGUUCACCAGUCAAUCAAUGCAGGACCACCCUAUUAAUGAACUUCUUGAAGAGCUUCUGUUUUGGUUUAGAGCGCGAUAUCAAGUGGCGCAAGCAGCUAAUGCCUCUAAAUUCCUUCGCCUUCCGAUACCAGGAGACUCAGUACAGGAUGAAGAGGACAUCUUCAUGGCGGGCCUUCGAGACCAAGGCGUCCCAAGCCCAGAUGUUACCAACGCCCCCGAGCCUUCUGAGCGAUCAGAGCUCCGGGAUAUAGAGAAGGACAAAGCUGUAGCUGCCAAUCUACAAAACCACACUGCCAUGGCUACGCUGCUACGACGUCUUUUCCACCGAACCGGAUGGCCGUUAAUAGACAAAGUGCCUGACCAAUUGCAGCGCAACUACAACUACGUCAAAGAGGAAGCAUUUGGGCUGACAACUUCGCUUAAACGGACGGCCGACGAGUCCUUUGGGACAACCACCUCUUCCUCAAAGCGUCCAAGGACAUCCCGUCGUGAUGAAAACGAUGUGUCACGCGAUGGAGAUGAAGAGCGACCUAUCUCCAGUCUAGCAGCUACUGACGAUCCGUUCCUUCGUCGUUGA